UUUAUAUAUACAUGCCACUAUUAUAUUUACCUAUAACAUCUUGAUAAUUUCAAUUUCUUUUUCAUCUAUAUAUUCUUGUACAACUUCAAAUAAAUUUGAAACCUAGGGUUAUAUUGAAAUAUACUUAGUUAUGGUCAUGGACAAAGUGACUCAAUAUUUACGUGUGUUCAACCACUUUGAUGAAAAUGGAGAUGGAAAGAUAUCACCGUCGGAGUUACGGGAACGCGUGGAGGCGAUCGGAGGCAAGAUGUCCAGCGAUGAGGCAGAAGUGGCGGUUGAGCUUCUCGACUCGGACGGGGAUGGAUUGGUAGGGUUGGAUGAUUUUGUGAGAUUUGUAGAGGGAGGAAAGGAGGAAGAGAAAGUGAAGGAUUUAAGAGAGGCUUUUAAGAUGUAUGAAAUGGAAGGGUGUGGUUUUAUUACACCAAAGAGUUUGAAGAGAAUGCUUGGAAUAUUGGGUGAGUGUAGGAGUGUAGAUGAUUGUAAAGUUAUGAUUGCUAAAUUUGACAUUGAUGGAGAUGGAAUGCUUAGUUUUGAUGAAUUUAGGGUAAUGAUGCUUUAACAUAUAAACAUUUUGAUUUCCAUGUUUAUCAUAUUAGUACUAUGUAUAGUAUCACUACUAGAGAAAAUAAGAGGAUGAAAUUAUGGUAAAUAUGAGUAAUUACAAAGAUUCAUGAACAAUGUUGUGUGCUAUGUUUUCAUGAAAUGGAAAUCUACAAUCACUUUGUUUUUUUUA